AUGGAGCUCGAUAACGGUGCAUCAAAUCGUGCGGCCCAAGUCGACGCUCAGCCAUUUGUUCUGCGCUCAUAUCAGGCUGAGAUGGUCGAGGAGAGCCUCAAGUCUAACAUCAUCGUUGUUAUGGACACAGGCAGCGGCAAAACGCACAUUGCAAUCGAGCGCACACGAGCUGAGCUUGAGACUUGUAAGCCUUCCAAGCGCGUAUGGUUCCUCGCACCUACCGUCACGCUUUGUGAACAGCAAAGUGAGGUCUUCAGUCGCCACCUACCAAAUUACAACGUCCUAGUGCUCAGCGGUCAAGACGACGUUGAUCACUGGACUGAGCAGGGCGUUUGGGAUGCGGUACUACAGAACGUCCGCAUUGUGCUGUCUACGCACCAGGUCCUGUAUGACGCUCUCGCUCAUGCAUUCGUCCGAAUGCACGAUCUCGCCCUUUUGAUCUUUGACGAAGCCCACCAUUGCACUCUCAAACAUCCAGCCAAUCGCAUCAUGUCAAAUUUCUACACACCAGGAGUCGAAAGAGGAGACGAGUAUCUCCCCAAGAUUCUUGGCCUGAGCGCAAGUCCGGUAAUGAGAGCAGAUGCCACCGAAGAAGCUCUGGAGCAAAUUGAACGAAACAUGCAUGCUGUGGCAAAGACACCAAAGAAAAACCGCUCAGAGCUUAUGCGGCACGUACACCAGCCCGAGCUGAUCAGGGUAGAUUACCAAGUGGAGAAUCAGGAAUCCUGCCAGUCUCGAUUGCUUGUUGCUCUCACACGCAGCCAUACGGAGUAUGACCUCAUGGAAGACCCUUAUACAAAAGACUUACUGCAAAAGCAACAGGACAGUAUCGACGUUUCCAGGCAGCUGCAGAGGUUGUUCAUGAGCCAGAAAACGUACUGCACUGAGCAACUCAAAACUUUGAGUAACAAGUCGCGAGACAUGAUGCAGGAGCUGGGCUCGUCUGCAGUUGAUUGGUAUCUACAUCAGUGCAUGGCAAGGUUCGAGAAGACUGUAUGCGAUGCGGAACAACUCUUCGAUUCGUCCAACGAGGAGAAGGUACACCUGCUGCACAUCUUGCGGAAACUCCCAUUCUCGGAACUUCCUGCUCCUUCCCUGUCAGUCGAUUACAUUUCUGGAAAGGUGCAGGUGUUGAUUGAUACAUUGAUUAGCGAGGCACAAGAUAACCCCAAUUUCACAGGCCUAGUUUUUGUUGAGCAACGCGUCUGGGUGGCUGUCUUAGCCGAGCUUCUGUCCGUACACCCGCGAACCAAAGACCUUUUCCGAGUGGGCACGUUCCUUGGAACCUCACAGUCAGGCAAACGCAAAGCGAUGAUUGCGACCUUCGCGGAACCAAAGAAUCAGCAAACCACUUUGGAAGACUUUCGAGCAGGUAAGAUUAACCUGAUACUUGCAACAAGUGUCCUCGAAGAAGGCAUCGAUGUGUCUAGUUGUCACCUCGUCAUUUGUUUCGAGCGCCCCAAGAACUUGAAAAGCUUUGUCCAGCGGCGCGGCAGAGCUAGGAUGCAAAAGUCGCGAUACUUUGUCUUCAUGCCUCAAGUAGGAGGGGGGCGUCCACCAGAAUCCUGGGAAGCACUCGAGCAGACAAUGAAAAGAGCUUAUCUCGAUGAUUUGCGGCAGGCUAAGCUGGCGGACGCGAGCGAGUCGGAACAGGAGGAGGGAUCACGCUGUUUCGAAGUCUACACCACCGGCGCCUGUUUGACACUGGACGAUGCGUUGCCGCACCUCAACCAUUUUUGCACGCUCCUGGGAACCAGCCCAUACGUUGACCCGCGUCCACAGUUCCGCUUUAUUAGGUCUGAGUCUGACAGUAUCGUUGACGCGGAAGUCACGCUCCCCAUUUCAGUCGACUCUGCAGUUCGCACAGCUAAGAGCUUGGAAUCAUGGCGAACCGAGAAGAUGGCGAGGAAAGAUGCCGCUUUCGAAGCAUACAAAGCGCUGUACCUUGCCGGUCUGGUCAACGAUAACCUGCUACCCGUACGCCAAGAAACUGAUGAUAUGGUAGCAGAGUUUCAGGUGCCGGAUCAUACGCCUUCCAUGGUACCCACCUCACCAACUCUCAAUCCCUGGCUCUCCGUCGCUCAAUUGCAACAGCUCAAGCCUCAAAGGUAUUGCCGAACACUGGUAGAGGUGCAAGCAGCUGGUGAAGACGCCCUGUACUUCAGGCUAUUCACUCCAACUCCUGUCCCAAUGGUUGGCAGCAUUGAGCUGUUUUGGAACGAAAGCAAAUCCUAUACAGCUAGAUUUUCGAAACAGUCCGAGGUCACUCUCACGGCCAAUGACCUUGCACAGCUACGUUCUGUCACUCGAAAGAUCCUCCUUUCUAUACACGCAGGGAGAAUGCAGGAAGACAGACACGACUUUCUGUGGUUACUGGCUCCCUGUGAUAGGGCAGGUAAGACUCCAGAGCUAGCGAAAUGGGACAGUGCCACAGACGGCUGUCAGCCAGCUUUGUCGUUGAUUUCCAACUCCAUGCACCAGACGUCGCAGUGGGGUAUCAUCUCGCAAAACGGUGAUAGUCGAAAAUACUUUCUCAAGGCCAUCGGCGCUCCGCAGACGAAUAGCCCACUAAGCCAAUCGCCAGCAACACAGCUUCAAGUUACUCGCGUGCCACGGCGACGUGACUACCUACACCGCGUGUUGAAUAGCAACAACCUCAAUGAUGCGUAUACAAGAGUGGAGAAUUUCGCAUCAUUGGAUUGUGUGGUGGACAACUUACCCGCAUUAUACUCGAUGAUCGCGCUUCUACUGCCGUCGAUACUGCAUCGAAUCGAGGUCGCAAUGAUCGCCGAGACCUUACGUACAACCCUUUUCGAGCCUGUGAAUGUCAAGGCAGACGAUUUACCACUUAUGGUUACAGCACUUACCGCUUCUUCAACCGAUGAAGAUGAUAACUAUCAACGCCUCGAAUUUCUCGGGGACUGCAUAUUGAAGUUUGUUUCGUCUCUCCAUGUGAUGGCAGAAAACCCCACUUGGCCCGAGCACUAUCUCACCGGAAAGAAGGGAAAGAUUGUGAGCAACGGCUUUCUUGCGCGAGCUACCUUGGCAGCUGGACUUGACAAGUUUGUUAUCACCAAGCGCUUCACAGGAGCAAAAUGGUCGCCCCAGUAUGCAGCAGAUGUACUCGCAGCGACCACUCUACCAGAAAAGCAGAACCGAUCGUCAAAACUCAUUGCUGACGUUGUCGAGUCUCUCAUUGGUGCAGCUUAUGUCGUUGGCGGGUUCCCCAAGGCUUUCGUCUGCGUGCAGACACUUUUACCACUCGAAAGGUGGACGCCGAUAUCCGUAGCCAACGACGUACUGUUUAGAGCAGCCCCUACAAACCUUGCGGUAACGAAUCUUGACAUCUUGGAACCAAUGAUUGGUUACACAUUCAACAAGAAGAUGAUGCUUCUUGAAGCACUUACACACGCUUCUUACACCGGGCCGAACGUUCAUUGCAGCUAUGAGCGACUGGAGUUUCUCGGAGACGCAGUACUCGAUUACCUCAUUUCCGCACGUCUAUAUGCGCACGACCCACCGCUGCCGCACUAUAAGAUGCAUGCCAUGCGGACGGCAAUGGCAAACGCAGCGUUCCUGACAUUCAGCAUGUUUGAGACAACUAUUUUGGAGGAAACGAUCAACAAGACAACUCUGCAAUCGGAAGUCCAUCAAAGGGCGCUGUGGCAAUUUCUACGAUCUGGAAGCCAACAGCUUGUCGCUACAAGGGAUGUAGCUUUGCAGCAACACACAGAGGUUAGGGAGCAGUUGCGUCGUGCAUUGGAGCAGGACGACGAAUUUCCCUGGCACUUGCUGGCCAUGACCAAUGCCCCAAAGUUCUUGUCGGAUAUUGUCGAGAGUGUGAUAGGUGCGAUCUACAUCGAUAGCCACGGUGACUUCUCAGCCUGCGAAGUGUUUGUGCGCCGUCUUGGAAUCCUCAGUUCGCUUGAACGCAUUCUGCGCGACAACGUAGAUUGCCUACAUCCCAAGGAGCGACUAGGCCACCUAGCUAUCGAGCGCAGUGUCCAGUAUGUUCAUGUGCAAGGCGACGCUCAGCACAGCAUCGGCCUGCCACCUGGCAUGAGUAAAGUGUACCGAUGUCAGGUCAAGGUUGGUGGAGAGGACGUUGGAGGAGUCGUACAAGGGCUGACGAGGUUGAAUGCUGAGACUGUUGCUGCCUGGAGCGCAAACAAGAUCCUCAGAGGUAAGAGGGACAUUGUCAUGGGAGGCAGUGACGGGGAAGAUGUUUUCUUCGAUGCCGACGAGGGAAGUGGUAGGAUGCUUGGAGACUGGUAG